AUGCUGACACCGUGUCCGCGCGCCCGUCACGGACUCGUCCGCCCUCCUGUCCGCGCGCCCGUCACGGACUCGUCCGCCCUCCUGUCCGCGCGCCCGUCACGGACUCGUCCGCCCUCCUGUCCGCGCGCCCGUCACGGACUCGUCCGCCCUCCUGUCCGCGCGCCCGCCCCGGAGUCGCCCCCCCUCCUGUCCGCGAGCCCGACCCGGAGUCGCCCCCCCUCCUGUCCGCGAGCCCGACCCGGAGUCGCCCCCCCUCCUGUCCGCGCGCCCGACCCGGAGUCGCCCCCCCUCCUGUCCGCGAGCCCGACCCGGAGUCGCCCCCCCCUCCUGUCCGCGCGCCCGCCCCGGAGUCGCCCCCCCUCCUGUCCGCGAGCCCGACCCGGAGUCGCCCCCCCACCUGUCCGCGCGCCCGCCCCGGAGUCGCCCCCCCUCCUGUCCGCGCGCCCGCCCCGGAGUCGCCCCCCCCUCCUGUCCGCGAGCCCGACCCGGAGUCGCCCCCCCUCCUGUCCGCGAGCCCGACCCGGAGUCGCCCCCCCCCUCCUGUCCGCGAGCCCGACCCGGAGUCGCCCCCCCUCCUGUCCGCGAGCCCGACCCGGAGUCGCCCCCCCCCCCUCCUGUCCGCGCGCCCGACCCGGAGUCGCCCCCCCCCUCCUGUCCGCGAGCCCGACCCGGAGUCGCCCCCCCUCCUGUCCGCGAGCCCGACCCGGAGUCGCCCCCCCUCCUGUCCGCGAGCCGGACCCGGAGUCGCCCCCCCCUCCUGUCCGCGAGCCCGACCCGGAGUCGCCCCCCCCUCCUGUCCGCGAGCCCGUCACGGAGUCGCCCCCCCUCCUGUCCGCGAGCCCGACCCGGAGUCGCCCCCCCCCCUCCUGUCCGCGAGCCCGAUCCGGAGUCGCCCCCCCUCCUGUCCGCGAGCCCGACCCGGAGUCGCCCCCCCUCCUGUCCGCGAGCCCGACCCGGAGUCGCCCCCCCCCCUCCUGUCCGCGAGCCCGACCCGGAGUCGCCCCCCCUCCUGUCCGCGAGCCCGACCCGGAGUCGCCCCCCCCUCCUGUCCGCGAGCCCGACCCGGAGUCGCCCCCCCCCUCCUGUCCGCGAGCCCGACCCGGAGUCGCCCCCCCUCCUGUCCGCGCGCCCGACCCGGAGUCGCCCCCCCCCCCUCCUGUCCGCGAGCCCGAUCCGGAGUCGCCCCCCCUCCUGUCCGCGAGCCCGACCCGGAGUCGCCCCCCCCCCCUCCUGUCCGCGAGCCCGAUCCGGAGUCGCCCCCCCUCUGUCCGCGAGCCCGACCCGGAGUCGCCCCCCCUCCUGUCCGCGAGCCCGACCCGGAGUCGCCCCCCCCUCCUGUCCGCGAGCCCGACCCGGAGUCGCCCCCCCCUCCUGUCCGCGAGCCCGACCCGGAGUCGCCCCCCCUCCUGUCCGCGAGCCCGACCCGGAGUCGCCCCCCCUCCUGUCCGCGAGCCGGACCCGGAGUCGCCCCCCCCCUCCUGUCCGCGAGCCCGACCCGGAGUCGCCCCCCCCCUCCUGUCCGCGAGCCCGUCACGGAGUCGCCCCCCCUCCUGUCCGCGAGCCCGACCCGGAGUCGCCCCCCCCCCUCCUGUCCGCGAGCCCGAUCCGGAGUCGCCCCCCCCUCCUGUCCGCGAGCCCGACCCGGAGUCGCCCCCCCUCCUGUCCGCGCGCCCGACCCGGAGUCGCCCCCCCCCCUCCUGUCCGCGAGCCCGAUCCGGAGUCGCCCCCCCUCCUGUCCGCGAGCCCGACCCGGAGUCGCCCCCCCCCUCCUGUCCGCGAGCCCGACCCGGAGUCGCCCCCCCUCCUGUCCGCGAGCCCGACCCGGAGUCGCCCCCCCCUCCUGUCCGCGAGCCCGACCCGGAGUCGCCCCCCCCUCCUGUCCGCGAGCCCGACCCGGAGUCGCCCCCCACCUCCUGUCCGCGAGCCCGACCCGGAGUCGCCCCCCCUCCUGUCCGCGAGCCCGACCCGGAGUCGCCCCCCCUCCUGUCCGGGAGCCCGACCCGGAGUCGCCCCCCCCCUCCUGUCCGCGAGCCCGACCCGGAGUCGCCCCCCCCCCCUCCUGUCCGCGAGCCCGACCCGGAGUCGCCCCCCCUCCUGUCCGCGAGCCCGACCCGGAGUCGCCCCCCCUCCUGUCCGCGAGCCGGACCCGGAGUCGCCCCCCGCCUCCUGUCCGCGAGCCCGACCCGGAGUCGCCCCCCCUCCUGUCCGGGAGCCCGACACCGCAGACCUCACAACGCUCCCGGGCUGUCAUAUCACUUACCUACCUGGCAAGUCUACUGUAACCCGACUGCUCUGAAGACAAGUCAGCCGCUGGAAUUGAGUUCUGGGGAACUGAUAGCUGCUCAGCGAGAUGACCUGGGCAUCGGUACCAUCUGGUCAGCGGUCGAAAAGGGAGACAUGGCUCAGGCAGAGAAGACGAAACACGCGGCAGUGCCUCCGUUACUGAGAGAAUGGCCCCAGUUGGGGUUGAAGAACCAGAUCCCAUGCCAGGUCACGUCACCCCGGACCAACCUCAGCGUUGCCGGCUGGUUCUGCCGGAGAAGUAUCGGAGGGUGGCUUUGA